GAGAAUGUCUUCGGACGGGGGCGGGGCCGAGGACGGUGGCGAGUCGGAGCCGAAGAACGAGGAAAGUUUCUUCGGAAGGUUUAAAGGAGUCAGCAGCUAGGUCCCGUCUGACCGUCUGACCGGAGAGAAACCAGGCCAUGUCCCACGGGCCCAAGCAUCUGGCCUCAGGCAUCCUGCAUGCAGGUGGAAAAGCCCAGGGGCAUCAUGGAAACUUUGUGGUGGCCAUCAAGCAGGAGAAGAGUGAAGCUCCACGAGCCACCGGUGAGAAGGGGGCACACGAGGAGGAGACCCCCCCUGCCCUACAGCCGGUGAAGAAAAGGGGCUGGCCCAAGGGCAAGAAGAGGAAGAAGAUUCUUCCAAAUGGUCCCAAGGCCCCCGUGACGGGCUACGUGCGCUUCUUGAACGAGCGGCGGGAGCAGAUCCGCAUGCUGCACCCCGACCUGCCGUUCCCUGAGAUCACCAAGAUGCUAGGGGCUGAGUGGAGCAAACUGCAACCCACUGACAAGCAGCGGUACCUGGAUGAGGCGGAGCGGGAGAAGCAGCAGUACAUGAAGGAGCUGCGGGAGUACCAGCAAUCAGAGGCCUACAAGAUGUGCACCGAAAAGAUCCAAGAGAAGAAGAUCAAGAAAGAGGACUCUGGCAUCGGGGUCGUCAACACCCUCCUGAAUGGACACAAGGGCGGGGACUGUGAUGGCUUCUCCACCUUUGACGUGCCCAUCUUCACUGAGGAGUUCCUGGACCAGAACAAAGCCCGUGAAGCGGAGCUGCGCCGCCUGCGGAAGAUGAAUACGGACUUUGAGGAGCAGAACGCCAUCCUGCAGCGGCACACGGAGAGCAUGAGCAGUGCCAAGGAGAAGCUGGAGCAGGAGCUGGCCCUGGAGGAGCGCCAGACUCUGGCCCUGCAGCAGCAGCUGCAGGCUGUGCGCCAGGCCCUCACGGCCAGCUUUGCCUCCCUGCCCAUCCCAGGCACUGGUGAGACCCCAACCCUGGGGACCCUGGACUUCUACAUGGCCAAACUGCACGGGGCUAUUGAGAGAAACCCCAUGCAGCACGAGAAGCUUAUCGUCCGCAUCAAAGAAAUCCUGUCCCGGAUUGCCAGCGAGCAUUUGUGAGCGGCGGUUGGGGCGGCCAGGUCCAGGGGCUCCCGCAGUUGCGGAUCGGUGCCCGUCUUACGGCUUUCCCCGAAGAAUUCCUUCCCGACCCCGGAAUCCUCCCUCCGUUCCCGCUCUUCUCCCCGAGCCUCCCCAAAGCCCCCCGAAGCUGGGAGCUCCAAUCUCCCUAGGCGUGGGCGCCCCCUAGUGCUCGUAGAUGGUAGUGCCGCGGGAGUGUCCUGCAAGCGGGCAACUGAACGCUCUUCCCAACCAAAGCUCUGCCCCCUCCCCCGGACCCUUCCCCCUUCCUCAUCAGUCAACCGGUGGUAUUUACCGAGCCCUUACUUGGUGCAGAGCACUCUGCCGACUCUUUGGGAAAGUACAGUAAAACAGAGGUGGUAGAUGUCAUCGCUGCCCCGGAGGAGUUUCCCGUCUCCGGGUUUCAACCCGUUGCCUGGAACCUGGACCAAACUCUAGGCCUAAAUCCGGGUAAUUCCUUGCUUCCCCUAUGCCUGCCCCACCACGGACCCCUUGAAGGAGGAGAGUAGAGGCGGAAGUAGCGUGGCUCAGUGGGAAGAGCCCGGGCUUGGGAGUCGGAGGUCUUGAGUCCUAAUCGCGGCUCCGCCGCUUGUCAGCCGUGUGACUUUGGGCAGGUCACGUCCCUUCUCUAUGCCUCGGUGACUUCAUCUGUACAAUGGGGAUGAG